AUGCCCGACAAACCGGAUAAGUUUGGUGUGAAACUUUUCAUGCUUUGCGACUCGAGCAAUGGAUAUUGCUCACAGCUCGAGCUCUAUCACGGAACAUCAGAAAAUCCAUCAGAGAAGGGGAAGAUCUAUGACUUGGUAAUGAGGCUGAUUAACCCAUACCUUGGUAAAGGUCACAAGUUAUACGUUGACAACUACUACACCUCACCUAUUUUAUUUCAUGACUUAUACCAGAAAAAGACGGGGGCAUGUGGAACGUUACGCACCAACAGAAGAGGCGUUCCCGCGGAUCUGAAGACUGUAAAACUGAAAAAAGGAGAAAGUGUGGCAAUGACCAAUGGAACCCUUCAGCUCCUGAAAUGGAAGGACAAAAGGGACGUCCACAUGUGUACAACAAUACAUGAUGCUUCAUUUGUUGAUGUACCUGGACGAGUGGACCGCACGACAGGGGAACAAAUUCGAAGACCAACAUGCAUUGUAGCAUAUGACAAACACAUGGGAGCAGUUGAUCGCUGUGACCAGAUGAUCACCUACCUGGCCUUCAAACGCAGGACGCUGAAAUGGUGGAAAAAAGUGUUUUUUCAUCUGCUAAUGAUGGCCACCCUGAAUGCCUACCUGUUGUACAAGGAACAUUGUGCAAAAUGGAGAAAAAAACCAGUUUUGCACAGGAUUUUCCGAAGGGAAGUUGUGAAGGCUCAUAUUGGUGAGACCAGCCCUCAACCAGUAACUGUAAGGGGGGCUGUAAAUCCAAGAGACAUGGAACGGCUGACUGGGCGCCACUUCCUUUCCAAGAUCAAACAGAAGGAAGGUAACAAGUCUAAGCCUCUGAGGACGUGUCCAGUGUGCUCUACCACAACGGGAAAAAGGAAAUCUGUUGGAGACGGUCGCAAAACAGUACGGUCAUCCUACGAAUGCAGGAUAUGUGAUGUAGGACUAUGCGUAGAUCCUUGUUUUGAAUUAUACCAUACCAAUAAGGACUUCAAACAAGCCUACCAAAGACGUCAGGACCAAAAUGUGGAGUCUGAUGAUUCAGAUUAA